AUGGCUGAGAUUCCAUCCCAAGAAGCAGGAGGUUUCCUCCCACCAUCUCUUCCCUCGCCCGCGCCCAGCAACUACUCUACCUCGUCCACUGCCUCAAAUUUGCCUCAUCCGAGGGCAAAUCCUCUGCGGCAUGGUUCGGCGAAAGAAGAUGCUGCGAGAAGAUAUCUUGAGGCGAGAUUGCUCAAUGUCUCGAGACGGUAUGCGAAGAAGUUUCAGCCGAUGGAGGAGGGCGACGACAUAAAAGGCUAUGUUCACAUGAGCGAGGUCGCAAAGGAUCUGGCAGAUAUCGUUGAUGUCGUUUGGCUAUCUGGAACCCCAAGUCUUCAAAUUCCCUACUUGUUGAAUACUGCCCUAGCAGUGAACACUUAUACUUCUGCCUUUCCAGCAGCACCUAAGGCUACUUUUGCUCUUAUCCGUAAACUGGAUCACGCUUUCUCCAGCUUGUUGAAGGGCGAGGACAGCGUCACUGGAGAGAUCUUGCCGGGCUUCUCAGGAGGCAAAAAGGCUGGGUUGACCAAGACUGAUAUGGUUAGAUGUAAAGGGUUAGUAGACUCCGCGAGAGUGCUAAUCGUGGAUGUCAUGGGUACAGAGAUAGAAGAGGACGCCGAUGAUGAGAGCGGUACGGAGAUGGAGACUGAUGGAGAGACGAGCACGUGGGGGGAUGCUGCAGAUGGAAAGUGGGAGAUGGAUAUCGCAAAGGUUUACGAGAUGACAAUCGUGGAAUUGGGAGCGGCUCUUGAUACCGGGGAUGCAUUUGCAGUUGACCCGUCCAGCUGA